AUGUCGAGCAGUGGUCUGCAAGGUGGAUCGGCGGUAUCGAUCAAUCUAAUGGAAGUAGUGAUUGUUCCAGAAAGUAAAACAGUCUAUGCCAAUGUAGUCGAUUCAGAAGCUUCGAGCCGCAUUGAUCUAGACAAAUCGUCGAGCAGAUGUAGACCUUGUCAAAUUUUUCAUCUGGAUCGAGCUUCAAAAUACCGAAAAGCCCAUGGACAUAUAAAUGGUUUUGACAGGAAGGUUUGGAUUUCUCUUUCUUCUCAAAACAGUAAUCUGUUUGCAUGUGCGCAAGAGUCUCCUGGAUGCUUUUGGACCCUGAACGAGGCAACUCUUCUAACGCUGAUUCAAGGGCAUGGAACGAUUGGAGUAGAAGCUCUGGUCGAGAGCCGUCUAUUAAAAGAAGUUCGAGAUGCCAGAGCAGAUCUGUAGUAUUCACCGAAGCUUCAUGAGAAGGUGAUAGACAAACUUACAGUCCGUUCCAUACAGAGAUGUGUUUCAGACAGUCCGUAUGACAGCUGAGAGCAAUCAGCCUUUCAAUUUCUGUUUCUACUUGUGAAGUGAAGGAUAUGACAUGUAGUCCUUUUAUUACGAGUCUUGGUGCGAAGCAGGUGAUCGUCACAUGCCACAGCGAAUGCACGGAAGAACGAGGACAAGUUCGAGAGUUGAAAAAUAGUCGAACAUAGGACUUCGGGGAUGACUAGCCGAGAUCAGGAAAUCGGAGCUCGAUUGGUGAGCUCACAAGCAGAGACUUCACGGCUACUCUGGUCUCGACAGUGUACCACUACGUUCUCGACCCCAGAGUAGCGUCGUCAGUAACUGGAAACAAACAGAGCAUCAUCAACGGUACAAGAUAGAAGUGAUUCAAUUGAUAUCUUACCUUUAGGUUUGUUAUUUGUGUAGGUCAAGAGGUAUUUAGGAUAAUCUGAAUCGAUCAAUAUAAUUGC